AUGGGCCGGAUCCCGUGCUGCGAGAAGGACAACGUGAAGCGCGGGCAGUGGACGCCCGAGGAGGACAACAAGCUGCUCUCCUACAUCACGGUCCACGGCACCCGCAACUGGCGCCAGAUCCCCAAGAACGCCGGUUUGCAGCGGUGCGGGAAGAGCUGCCGGCUGCGGUGGACCAACUACCUGCGGCCCGACCUCAAGCACGGCGAGUUCACCGACGCGGAGGAGCAGACCAUCAUCAAGCUGCACUCCGUCGUCGGCAACCGGUGGUCCGUCAUCGCCGCGCAGCUGCCCGGCCGGACGGACAACGACGUCAAGAACCACUGGAACACCAAGCUCAAGAAGAAGCUCUCCGGGAUGGGCAUCGACCCCGUCACGCACAAGUCCUUCUCCCACCUCAUGGCCGAGAUCGCCACCACGCUGGCACCGCCGCAGGUGGCCCACCUCGCCGAGGCCGCGCUCGGGUGCUUCAAGGACGAGAUGCUCCACCUCCUCACCAAGAAACGGCCCACCGACUUCCCCUCGCCCGCCGUGCCCGACAUGCCGCCCGGCGCCAGCGCCGGCAUGGCCAUGGCCAUGGGCGCGGGCCACUGCUUCGCCGCGCCGCCUCCGCAGGCCGGCGACGACACAAUCGAGCGCAUCAAGAUGGGCCUGUCCCGCGCCAUCAUGAGCGAGCCCGCCGCCGCUCCCUCCGAAGACAAGCCAUGGCCGCAACCGAGCGACAUGGCCGACAUGUACGCCGCGUUCAACCCUGUGCAAGCGACUGAGUUCCGGUACGAAGGGCCGGCGUCGGGGUACGUCCUUGGCGGCGACGGCGACCAGGGCACGUCCAUGUGGAGCCACCACAGCAUGUACAGCGGCAGCUCCGGCACCGAGGGGGGCAGGCCGCCCGCGUUGCAUGAGAAAGGCAACGACAGCGUCGGCAGCAGCCGCGGCGACGACGAGGCGGACGACUGCAAGGAGGGAGGCAAGGGAGGAUCCGACAUGUCGGGGCUCUUUGGCUCCGACUGCGCGCUCUGGGACUUGCCCGACGAGCUCACGAAUCACAUCCUGUAA